AUGGGAAAGGCAACUAUUGCCUUAAUUGGACACAAGGACAUGAGGAUGCAUCCUGUUGAGGAAGUGAAGCCAGAAAACCAAACCAUCAUUAUCCACUUUAUACUUUUGGGGUUUGCCUUCCAUGGCAAGAUGCAGCUCCUGUUUUUCACAGCAGUUUCCAUCGUGUUCCUGGCCACCAUGAUAGGGAACUCUCUUAUUGCUGUCAUCACAACCAUUGACCCUGCCCUACACACUCCCAUGUACUACUUCCUAAAGAAUCUUGCCUUGGUGGAGAUCUGCUACAGCUUGAGCAUUGUCCCCAAGAUGCUUGUGACUCUGCUGAUGGAGAGAAAAGUCACUUCCUUCACAGCUUGUGCCCUGCAGCUCGCUGUGUUGUACUUUUUGUCACUUGAGAAGUGCUUCCUGUUAGGAGCAAUGGCGUAUGACCGGCAAGUGGCAAUAUGCCAUCCAUUACACUACAGCACGAUGAUGAACAGGAACGUCUGUGUCAAAAUGGCUAUUGGGUCUUGGCUAUCUGGUGUCCCCAUGGCUGUGGGUUUCACCACAUGGUUAUUUACCUUGUCUUUCUGUGGGACAAACAAGUUUGAUCAUUUCUUCUGUGAUGUUUCUCCUGUUUUGAAGCUAGUGUGUGCAAAUACAACCUUGUUUGAACUAUUGAUUUUUAUUGCUCUUGUCGUAAUAGUGAUGAUCCCAUUCUCACUGAUAUUCAUCUCCUACCUUUGCAUUAUCCAUGCUGUGCUUCAGAUACCCUCAGGUGUGGGCCAGAAGCAGGCCUUUUCUGCCUGUGCAGCUCACCUGAUGGUAGUAACUUUUUUCUACAGCACAGUUGGCAUCAUUCACCUGCAACCCAAAUCCAGGCUCUCAACCACCAUGAAGAAAAUGGUUUCCCCCACUUACACUGUUGUCACGCCUAUGCUGAACCCCAUUAUCUACAGCCUGAGGAACCAGGAAGUCAAGCAAAGUCUGAGGAGAUGUUUUGACAGAAGAUUACGUAUGAAGCUGCUUGCUGGUUUAUUUUUUCUGAUGGCGUGA